AACGACGGACGGACGCCAGGAGAAUUUUAUCGGGUCGCAAGUGUCACCCCUUAGUGGAUUUUGUCUUCGCUUUGCAGCUAUUUGACCUUUUCCGCGCCCCAGCGAAUCACAUCGCUACGUUACAGUGCACCUUACCGUCUCUGAAUAUUGCACCGUCUCAAAUUUAGAUCCGACCCGGACCGGAUCGUUCUCUGAAGCUUCGUUUGUGAGAUUCGGAUUCCUCUGUUCCACCAUUUAACAAUUAUCCUCUCUUGUCUUCGCCAACUUCUUCCGCUCUCUUACAAACUUCUUUCCAGAUACUGUGAGAAGUGUGACUCUUGCUCUGUCUCUUUGAUGUUAUAUCACGUGGGGAUCUGAAUUUUAGUUGCGGUGUUUACAAGUCUUUUCCCAAUUUGGUUUGUCUCUUGAGGUUUAUCUGGAUAUAACAAAAGAUGGAAGUUUGCGGGGAUCUGAAUUCUGAUAACUUAAAGAACCGUCCCAUGACUCCGCUUAGGAUUCUGAGGGGUCUGAUGAUCCUACUGGUGUUUCUGUCUACUGCUUUUAUGUUCCUGCUCUACUUUUCACCAGUAGCUGCUCUAGGUCUACGGCUUCUGAGUGUGCAUCAAUCUAGGAGAGUUGUCUCGUUAAUCUUUGGUCUCUGGUUAGCUUUGUGGCCUUACCUGUUUGAAACGGUUAACGGGACAACCGUGGUGUUCUCUGGAGACAGCAUUCCUGUUGAGAAACGUGUUUUGCUUAUUGCAAAUCACAGGACAGAGGUGGAUUGGAUGUAUUUGUGGAAUAUUGCGUUGAGAAAAGGGUGUCUCGGCUACAUCAAGUACGUUCUUAAGAGCAGCUUGAUGAGAUUACCUAUUUUUGGCUGGGGUUUUCACGUUUUGGAGUUUAUUCCCGUGGAGAGGAAGCGGGAGGUCGACGAACCUGUUUUGCUUCAAAUGCUUUCAUCUUUUAAGGAUCCUCAAGAACCCUUAUGGCUUGCUCUAUUCCCAGAAGGAACCGAUUUCACUGAAGAGAAAUGCAAGAGAAGCCAAAAAUUUGCAGCUGAAGUUGGUCUUCCAGCAUUAUCAAACGUACUUUUACCAAAAACAAGGGGUUUUGGCGUUUGCUUAGAAGUUCUUCAUAGCUCUUUGGAUGCAGUAUAUGAUUUGACUAUCGCAUAUAAGCCUCGCUGCCCAUCUUUCAUGGACAAUGUAUUCGGGACGGAUCCUUCAGAAGUUCAUAUUCACGUUCGACGAGUUCUACUAAAGGAGAUUCCAGAUAACGAAGCAGAAGCUUCUGCUUGGUUAAUGGAUUCAUUUCAGUCAAAGGACAAACUGCUAUCCGAUUUCAAUGCUCAGGGACAAUUCCCAAAUCAAAGACCAGAAGAAGAACUCUCUCUUCUGAAGUGCAUUGCAACUUUUACAGUGGUAAUAUCUUUGACAGUUCUAUUCAUUUAUCUGACCUUGUAUUCACAUAGCUGUUUUAAAGUAUAUGCUGGUCUAAGCGGCACAUAUUUAUCGUUUGCUACUUAUUACAAGCUUCGACCCUCACCUGGCUUUUUUAGAGAAGAUUCUUGUAAAAAAGUAAAAAGCCAUUAACUUUGUUGUACAUACAAUUCUUUCUUUGUAUACAAAGAAAUAAUAUCAAGAAUUUACCCAGGCAGAAAAAGAUUUUUGGGAUGUCAUUUUCAUUGUUA